AUGUCUGCAUCAUCAGGAAAUGCUGGCUGGGCCCAGCUUCGACAACAAGCUCGCUCGCUAGAGACGCAGACCGAGACUCAAUUCCACACGUAUUCACAGUUUGCGACGGCAGCCUCCAUCCCACCCAAGCCGACGCAAGAGGAGCGCACAACAGAAACCAAGAUUGAGGAACUGCUAGAAAAGCGCGAAUCAACAAUCAGCCAGCUCGCCCGCCUCCUCGACUCAGAGGCAGCGCUCACAUCCUCAGCGCUCAAGCAAAACAACCUCUCCCUGCUGCGCGAGAAGCUGUCGGCGCACAAAAAGGACCUGGCCCGCCUGCGGUCCAACCUGCAGCAGGCGCGCGACCGUGCCAACCUCCUGACCAACGUCCGCUCCGACAUCGACGAGUACCGCGCCAACAACCCCGAGGCGGCCGAGGCCGAUUACAUGCUCGACGAACGCAACCGCAUCGACAACAGCCACAACAUGGCCGACAGCGUCCUCAGCCAGGCGUACGCCGUCAACGACAACUUUGUCCUGCAGCGCGAGACGCUCUCCAGCAUCCAGCGCCGCAUCACCGGCGCCGCGAGCCAGGUGCCCGGCAUCAACACCCUCAUCGGCAGGAUAUCAGCCAAGAAGAGGCGCGAUGGCAUCAUCAUGGGCGCAUUUAUUGCGUUUUGCUUUGUGUUUUUCUGGUUUUUCCUGUAA